AUGCCGCCCAAAGGCUCAACACAGAAAUCGCUUUCGUUCCGGGCGCAGUCCAAGCCCAAAUCCACCUUUUCUGCCUCUGCUAAAGACCAGUUGAAAGGCAAAUCGAACCUCAAGGCCGCAUCUACACCUACGAAGCCCCUCACAGCAUCACUCGCUCGCCGGCCUUCUCCCACUAGUGCUGAAAUAGCAAAGCAAGAUGAGGAAGACGCAAAGCGUCCGGAGUUGGAUGUGGACGAUGCACGAUGGGACGGCGUCUGGCGCAAAACCAAGAAGACGAUGAACGUUCCGCCCUCCAAAUCGGUGCACAUUGAGCACGAGAACCGCAUCCAGCAGAUCUUGAGGGUGUUCGACCUCGACCCCAACUACGGCCCGUGCAUGGGCAUGUCCAGGCUAGAACGCUGGCAACGCGCAAAGGACCUCGACCUCGACCCGCCUCAAGAGAUCCACGACAUCUUGACCACCAAACAAGGCGUCAAGGAACACAAGGAGAACGUCUUUACCGCUCACGUCCUCUGA